AUGUUUGCUUGUCCCUCUUCUUGGUCUUUGCAGGUGGACGGCCGACACGUCAGUCUGCCCUAUUUGAAAGGUCCCCAAGAAGUGCGUGUCUACGACACUCCGGAGGGUCUACAGUUGAUCUCGCCGUUCUGCGGUCUUUCUGUCUCGCAACUGGCGUUGCGCAUCUCGCUCCACGGCGAGCACAGUUACGCGAUAGUGAAACUGCAUGAGCGCUAUCAUUUCGCGCGUCUGGACGGAGCCUGUGGCGUCUGUCGGGCUCAUGUGGCCCGGUACGACGUGGACAGAAUGAGCCGCGGCGCGUCGACGGGUCUGUUGAGUGGACAAAGUGGCGUCGGUGUCGUGGAGAAGGCGGGAACAACGCGUCCGAGGAUCCAGUUCGUCUGGAGCGGCGGAGACGAGUGCAGAACUACGAGCGCAAGUCAGCUCACCUCCAACAGCAGCCUCUCGGCCAUCUCGAAGACCUCCACCUCGGCCGACGAACGACUCAACUUUUGUCCGCCAGGCCUGAAACGUGCCUGCUAUCGCUUGGAUGCCUCGAACGGAUUGAGUCCGUUCGCUCAAUGUUCUGGCCAACUGUUGCACGCAUUCCAUUCACUCUGCCUGGCCGACGUCUGCGAAACCAACUCGGCCUGGAAGCAUGGUCGUGAGGCGCACACAUUGGCCUGCAGAUCACAUCUUCUCGCCGCCAAGGCCUGUUUGCAUCAGGCCGGCACAAGCAGACGGCUGCUGACGGAAUGGAGAUCCAUCGACUUUUGUCGUAAGUCACAGCGACGGUAG